AUGUUGAAAGAACCAUCCUGGUCCUUUCUGGCUCCUGACAGAAAAAUGUUCUUGCAGAGUUUUCCUGACCAAGACGUACUGGGCCAGGCUUUUGAAGAUGCACUAGAAGUACUGCAGCAGCACUCUGACAGAGAAAUGCAGUAUUCACCAGGUUACAAAAAUUGCCUGACUGUGAUCAACCAUCACCACCACCUCCGAGCAAGUCCCAGCUACUCUGCAGCACCAUCUACAGAGGACCCAGGGUAUAGCUGGAGAAAUGUGAUUAACAGUGCAGCAGAUUUUUAUGCAGAUGAGACCAUCUACCAUACGCUGCAGAAUACUCCAGAAAGCCAAGUGAUGCAUGCUGCUGCUGGCCAACCAAAAGCAGGGAAAGGUAGAAAAAAACUUCGACUGUUUGAGUACCUCCAUGAGUCUCUGUAUGAUCCAGCUAUGGCAAAUUGCAUCCAAUGGGUGGAUAAGCCCAAUGGUGUCUUCCAGUUUGUCUCCAAAAACAAGGAGAAACUUGCGGAGCUGUGGGGAGAAAGAAAGGGAAACCGCAAGAUCAUGACAUAUCAGAAAAUGGCCAGAGCACUGAGGAAUUACGGAAGAACAGGUGAAAUCAUUAAAAUCCGAAGAAAGCUGACAUACCAGUUCAGUGCUGUUGUUUUACAGAGACUUGCUCCAUCUUACUUCUUGGGAAAAGAAACAGUUUACCAUCCAUACAUUCAGUCUAAUCAAGAAUAUCAGUGUACAGAUGACUGGAUCAGUUACAAUAAUUACAUGUAUAACAAUGGUUAUGCAUUACAGCAUGCUAACAGCUAG